AUGGAGAUUUUAGGCUCAAUUCUUGAGCUUGGGAAAAUAAUAUUGGCUCCGAUUAUUGAAUAUUAUAAUCAUUACAGAGGUGCUGAUGAACAUUUGAAAAAUCUAAAGAGAAAACGAGAUGAUUUAGAAUGCAAAAAGUCGGACAUAGAAUUAGAAAUGAGGGGAGAACUUGUUCCAGGAAAGAAACCAAAAAGAGAAGUUAAAUCUUUGCUCCAAAAGGUAGAAACGAUUAAUGAGGAGAUACAAAAGAUUGAGCAAGAGGCUAUCAGAGGGAAGUAUCUCUCACGUAUGCACUUUGAAAGAGUUGCUUGCGGGAAGAUACUAGAGGUGACAGAAUUAAUUGAUCAAAGUUGUGGUUUCGGUGAUGGUUUGGUAAUUGGUCCACCUGUAAGGAAUGGAGACGAAUUGCCAACAAGAGUAUUAGUGGGAGAGAGUACAGCCAAAAGAACAUUGGAAAAGAUUUGGGAACACUUGUUAGAUGAAGAUUUUAGAAUAGUUGGUGUUUAUGGUAUGGGAGGAAUUGAGAAUGAACUCUCUAAGUUCAAGGAUGAAACAACGAGGGCAGGGAAGUUGUAUGCAGAAUUGAAAAAAAGGAAGAGGUAUGUGCUAAUCCUAGAUGAUAUGUGGAAAGCAUUUCCUUUGGAAAUUGUAGGGAUCCCAGAGCCUACUUCAGCAAAUGGUUGCAAAUUGGUAUUGACGACUCGAGAUGUUAAUGCUUGUAAUGGAAUGAAUUGUGUAAAUGUUAAAAUGGAGCUUCUUUCAAUAAAAGAGUCCUGGGAUUUGUUUUUGAAAACAGUGGGCUGUGAUGUUUCGAAUAUUCCAAAAGAUGUUGUGGAAGGAGUUGUCAAAGAAUGUGCCCAUUUGCCUCUUGCAAUCAUCACUGUAGCAGGAAGUUUGAAAAAUGUAGUCGAUAUUUCAGAGUGGAGGAACACAUUGAAUGAGUUGAAGACACCAGUGAAGGGUCUCGAACAUGUAGAUGUAGUAUUUCAGAAGCUUCAACUUAGUUAUAAACGCUUAAACGAUAAGAAACUCCAACGUUGUCUCUUGUUUUGUGCACUAUACCCUGAAGACUACGAGAUUUAUAGAGACAAUUUGAUAGUGCAUUUGAUUGAUUAG